UGUCGCCACUAUGAAUGGGACUUGUCUAUGAAUCAGCAAUCGGCACGGCGCCUUUGUUGUCAGUGUUAGGUUAGGUUUAUUGCACCUAGAAAGAGUUUUUGCCGGUCGCGCCGAGCCGGGCUUUGGGUUGGAGGCUGGCCCUCCGCGUCCUUGUGUGGCCCCCUACACUCGCGGAGCGCGGACCGACCGGGCGGCGCAGCGCACACCGACCGCGGUCACGUUGACGUUGCCGUCGCCAUUGCUGCAUGGCAUUAUUUGUUCCAAAUUUUAGGAGGGAAACUUACCCAUGCCGAUUUGGAUGAAAGGGCUCUUGAUGCUCUGAAAGAGUUCCCCAUCGAAGGUGCUGUGAAUGUACUGACACAGUUCCUCGAUGCCAAUCUGGAGCAUGUAUCUAAUAAGUCUGCCUAUCUCUGUGGAGUCAUGAAAACAUACCGCCAGAAGAACAGAGCGGGCCAAGCCGCAGCUCCCCCUGCAACACAAACAAAUACAGUUAAAGCUCCAGAUGAAGAAAAAAUUAAAGCAAUACUGGACAGGACUGGCUACUCACUUGAUGUGACCACAGGCCAGAGAAAGUAUGGAGGACCACCACCAGACUGGAAGGGGGCGGCACCUGGCAAUGGCUGUGAGGUAUUUUGUGGCAAGAUACCGAAGGACAUGUAUGAAGAUGAACUCAUCCCUCUCUUUGAAAAAUGUGGUACGAUUUGGGAUCUGCGACUGAUGAUGGAUCCUAUGUCUGGUCAAAAUAGAGGUUAUGCUUUUGUUACCUUUACUACCAAGGAUGCUGCGCAGCAGGCUGUGCGAGAGCUUGAUAAUUAUGAAAUCAAACCCGGCAAGAGUCUGAAAGUAAACAUUAGUGUUCCAAAUCUGCGACUUUUUGUGGGCAACAUUCCAAAAUCAAAAGGCAAAGACGAGAUACUGGAGGAGUUCAAUAAAUCAACAGCUGGUCUCACUCAAGUCAUCAUAUACAGUUCACCAGAUGAUAAGAAGAAAAAUAGGGGCUUCUGCUUCUUGGAGUAUGAGUCUCACAAAGCCGCUUCCCUUGCCAAGCGGCGACUUGGAACAGGUCGCAUUAAAGUUUGGGGCUGUGACAUAAUCGUGGAUUGGGCUGAUCCCCAAGAAGAGCCAGAUGAAAGCACUAUGUCUAAAGUGAAAGUACUGUAUGUUAGAAACCUUACUCAAGAUUGUUCUGAGGAAAAAAUGAAAGAAUCUUUUGAACAAUUUGGUAAAGUUGAGAGAGUAAAGAAAAUUAAAGACUAUGCAUUUGUUCAUUUUGAAGAACGUGACAGUGCUGUCAAGGCUAUGGAAGAAUUGAAUGGAAAGGAUAUAGUCGGUGGUGGUUCAGCUAUUGAAGUGUCACUGGCCAAGCCUCCAUCUGAUAAGAAAAAGAAGGAAGAAAUGUUGCGAAACAGGGAAAGAAGGAUGAUGCAAAUGAUGCAGAUCAGAGGAGGCAUGAUGCCAACCCCAAUCCCCAUGCGAGGGCCUGGUGGCUCUGGACCUAGGAAUAGUGGUGCUGGUAUGCGAGGACCCAUGGGCAGAGGCGACUAUGAUUAUGAUUACGAGUAUUUCGGUUAUGGGGAUUACCGAGGCGGCUACAGUGAUCCUUAUUACGAUGACUAUUACCGCUAUGAGGAUUACUAUUACGAUAUUCCGUCAGCAGCUCCACCUGCCAGAGGACGGGCGAGGCAACCUCAGCCGGGUGGCCGUGGCCGUGGGCAGGGAACAGCAGCGGGUCCGGGCCGUGGUCGGGGCGCUGGUCCGGGCACGGGUCCGGGUCGUGGGGGUCCGGGGGCGCAGGGCCCCAGGGGGGGGCGCCAACCCGCAGCCUCCGGGGGUCGUGGGGGUCCGCGGUCGGGGCCCACCGGACGUGGGCAGGCCCGAGGCAAGGGAAGUUUGUCAGGUGAGGAUGGCAAGCGCAAGUUUGAUGGAAGUCACCAGAACCAGGGGGAAACAAAGCGUCGUUACCAGAACUCUUGGAGUAAUUCUCCAAACACCCACCAGCAUCUCAACAAUGCCUAUAAUAAUGUAGGCAUGAAUGGAGGUGGCUUUGGGUCGAACGCUGAGCCACAGUUUUUCCAAGAUACUUUCACGCCUUGGAGUUAAACUGCCUGAUGUGGACUGCAUUAGUGGAAUAUGACUGUGACUGUUGUCCGAGCAGCCCGUCCAUUGACUUGCUUAAUAUCCGUGAAACGGAGCUAAGUCAGAAAAUGUAAAAUGUGUGCGAGCAUUUGAGGCUCCAGAAAUACAUGGACCACUGUGAAGUAGUGUGGUCUACAAGUGAUGUAAAGACUUUUUUUUAUUGUUAAUGGUGGUUGUUGAAAUGGAAGCUGGAAAGGGAGGGCUACAAAAGAUUACCAUAAUAGCCCUGUCUUUUUAGUUUCCAUUGGAUAGUUAUUAUCAUGAAAGCUGUCAUUGUCGAUUGUUGCUCAUUAUUUGAAACCUUAAACAUCUACCAGUACCAUGUGUGUUUAUGACUGAUAAAACGGCAAAGAGAGCUGCAAAUGCCAUAGGAAACUAAUGAACUAAGUAUCCACCACCUCUGUAUGGAAACCACAUGUAAGUGCACAUCUGGUCUUAUUUGGCUCACCAACCUCAUCUUAUUGCUUGUCACACAGUAUCAUGAGACCUCACUAUUUCAAACUGUUCGAAACAUGUCGUAAACUCUGUCACCUUCUCACUUAAAUUCUAACCUCCCUCUAGUUCUGGAGACAAAUAUUUUGAGGGACUGUUCAAUCAUCCAAGAAGUCUCUUGCAAUAUUCAUCAUUGCAGCUGAUUUUUGUCUUUAAAUCUUUGAAUCCUUUAUUUUCAUAGAUACUUAAUUGAAAGAAUGAAUGGAUCAUGUGGUGGUGUAUGUUAGGUUGACAAGAGCCUGUUAAAAGUAAAGGACCUGUUUGUUACUUUCUUUUUGUAUGUUUACUUUUAUUGCCACAAAUGUAUUUUUUUAUAAAGGAAGGGUAUUAAAUUUCUUAUAAUAAAAUGGCAUAAUUUUGAAGGCCAUGUUAUCCUAGGAUUGAUCCUUAGUCACAGGAUGCAUUCAUGUGAUCACCGUAUGUACUCCACAACAUCAGGAUCAAAUGUGAGAGUCUAUUUUGAAUGACGGAUGUUACUUGAUUAUGUUUGUAUUUUCAAUGGCAAAUGUUGUUUGAUUGUUUGUAUGUCAUGCAAAGAGUUCGCACUUGUAUCACUGGAGGAUUAAAAAUUUAAAGAACAAAGCUUUCUCACAAGGAAACAGCUCUUUGCUUUUGUUAGUUUAGCACUUAAGUGUUGAAAAGAACUUUUUUUUGUUUUGACAAAUUCUUUGCCACUUUCUGCUUUUCUUUUAUUUUUCCCUAUUAGUGUUUGAAAUUUUAGUGACUUUUUGUCUGUUAGAUUGCUUUGCUUUUUCACUUUUAACCUGCCUUUCGAAGUGUUCUUGAUAUGAAUUAGUGAUGUAGAGAAAAGAAAGUCUAAAUAUAUUCAUUUUAAAUAAAAAUAAAUGGAAAAAAAAUGAAUUUCUAGAUCCAUCUGUCAAGAUGUUACUUUUGCAGGUCAUUAUAUGAAACUACUCGGUAAGAUUUUAAAAUAAAAUCAAAAAUAUUCCUGUGAAAAAUUUGAUGUUUUUAGUUUCAUACCCAUCAAUCAUCAAUAAAGUACAAAGCAGGAUA